GCUUGAGAAGGAGAGUCUGUAGCAAAUAGCACUGACAGAGACAGCCUAAAUGUGUCAUUUUUUCUUUCCAGUGUACCCCAAAGAGGGUAGCUUGAUCUAUUCUGAGAUCCAGAUUUUUCAUCUGGGAGAAGCAGAGAAAGCCAGCAGCUCCAGGACACCAUCAGAGUACAAGGAUGCUUCAGUUGUCUACUCUGUGGUGAAGACACAACUCCCAGGUGACGCAGCUGGACAGGUCAUCUCUAAGGAUGAAGAUUCCAUGAAUAAUUAUGAGAAUGUCACACUCACAAGACUAGCCCCCAAUCCAGGGUCCCAGGCCCAGUGCAGAUCUUAGGUCCCUGGGGUCACUAAUUAGUUUCAGCUUUCCAAUUCUUCUCACCUGUGUGCAUUCCAUCUCAAGACUCCUAAUUCAUUCACUCUGAAGUAAUGACGGGAUGGCACCUGAAGACUUUGCUAAAAUGAUGAGGAUCCACAGUUAAGGGAACACCCUGAGAACCCGCUCUGGGCCUGACCCAGUGUAUACCCUAAGAUCCAAUUUAGGGAAGAGGAAUAAGGAGUGAGAAAGGAUGCUCUUUAAAAACAGAAGCAAAAAAAAAAAUAAAAAUAAAAAAAAAAACAGAAGCACAA